GAGCACAGCUACACCGGAAGCCAUUAGCAGAGAGCUUGCGUAGGGCUGCCGCACAACACUGUUCUCCAGAGUCCGGCUGGAGCAGCUGAAGGGUCUGUAGUUGUUUAACAGCCAUGGCGCUAAACAGGAACCAUUCGGAGGGAGGCGGUGUCAUCGUCAAUAACAGUGAAAGCAUCCUGAUGACUUAUGAUCACAUUGAAAUGACAUUUCAUGAUAUGGAGCACAUGCCAGAUGCAUUCAAAGGGAUCAAGAAAGGCAGCGUCUUCAUGACCCCAUAUCGAGUUAUCUUUGUGUCUAAAGGAAAAGAUGCAAUGCAGUCUUUCAUGAUGCCCUUUUAUUUGAUGAAAGAAUGUGAGAUUAAGCAGCCAGUUUUUGGAGCAAAUUAUAUCAAGGGUGCAGUGAAAGCAGAGGCAGGAGGUGGUUGGGAAGGAUCUGCAACUUUCAAAAUGACAUUCUCAGCAGGAGGUGCCAUUGAAUUUGGACAGCGUAUGCUGCAAGCAGCAUCUCAAGCCUCAAGAGGUGAAGUCCCCAAUGGAGCCUAUGGUUACUCCUACAUGCCGAAUGGGGGCUAUGCCUUUCCACCACUUGCUGCCAAUGGAAUGUACCCUUCGCCUCCUGUGGGGUAUCCUUACCCACCACCACCUCCUGCAGAAAUGUAUCCUGGACCCCCGACGGAUGAAGCCAUGGGAUACAUGCAGCUUCCUCCACCUCCUUAUCCUGGGCCCAUGGAACCACCUGCCAGUGGCCCACAUCUUCCCUCCACUCCAGCAGCUGAAACCAAGGCUGCAGAAGCUGCUGCGAGUGCUUAUUACAACCCAGACAACCCCCAUAAUGUCUACAUGCCAAUGGACCAGCCUCCUCCUCCUCCUUACUUUCCUCCAGAGGACAAGAAAACCCAAUAAACAACUAUAACACACUGCUUACUUUUUGCCAUUUGACUAAAUGUUGAUUAGGGAUAUGACAAUGGUAAGGACCGUCUAGACUCCCUCCAGCACACGUAACUCCCACAAACAGCAGUGGUAGAUACGUGUGCCAUUACGAAAGAGAUGCUAACAUUUUCCUGAAUUGUCACAUGUAGACCUAAAAAUAAAUUGUUCUCUUCUGUAUGAUUCUUCAUAUCGAUGAUAUAAUGAAGGCAAGGUUUUGUUCUUCCUCUCACAUCCCAUCUGUCAACUGUUCUGGACAACAGUCCUUCCUGAACAAAGACUACUUAAAUGGAAACCUACCAACAGCUAUUGAAUUUGGUAUGUGUUGACACCUUGAUGGUGUUGACCAGUUCUCAUGUGGUGACGCUUCAGAAGAAAAUCAACUUUGUGAUCUUCAGUCAGUUCUUCGUUGCAUUACCCCUGGCAUGUUGCAACCAUGGAAGGGCUCUGAUCUCCUGACAAGAUAAUCUAAUGGCACAUACUUAGACAUUUGGUUCCAUUUGGACACUGGAAUUUUCUGCCAUUUCUUCCACAAGAUGCAUGUCUGGUAGAAUGUAUGCAUUAUUUAUUAAUUUUGAAGAUUCCUGUUGAAUCACAUAUGCAUCUUGGUUAUUUUCUUCCAGCAACAAAAAAUAUGGCUGCACGGUACUGGCAGUAAAGCAUCAUAUUUCUGUGGCAACUUGGAAACUUAUUUGACCAGGUGGUUUGAUCAGUUAUUCUGUUUUAGCAGCUGAAAGCUUUUCUAAGAAAGAUGGCUCACAUUUUGACUUAUUUAUUUGUUUACUUAUGUUUGUGUUUGUUUGUUUAUUUGUGUAUUAUCCCUAGCAUUCUGGGCACAUCAUAGCUUGAAGCAAACCAUUUUCCCUUUAGUUGCUUAUGUUAAACAUCCAUUACUCUACUGAAAGGAGGUAGAGUAAGAUUACCUUCUGGACCAGUGAUUGUUUAGAUGAUGUCUAAACUGGCAAAUGGGGAAGUGUGUGUUUUGGGUUUUUCUGCAUCUUCUGUUCCCUCUAGCCAAAUUCCUAAUAUUGAAAUGCUGUAUACAAGACCAUAAUACGGUAUGCUCCUGCUUUUUCCUAAAAACGGGAAGGAAAAAUUAGACAGAAUAUUAGGAAUUGGUUUUGAAUGGCAGCAGCCCUUCAGCAUACAGAGCACAGCAGACUCCCAAAGAUAUCAGAAACCCAUUUACCUGAAUACUUGGAAUUUGUUUAUAUUGAUAGAGUUGAAGCCUCCCAACAUCUCUAGAUAGCCAAAAAUUCACUAGUUCAUUAACAUCACUUCUGACUUACACUGGAAUAAAAUCAAUUUGAUUUGUAUAAAAUCUUCAUCUUUUCCUGUAAUCUGUGACACCAUACAAGUGCUUCAAAUUGUGGCUUCCUGGAAUGCUAACUGAGCCAGUGCAGAAAGCUUGCACCACCUUUCAUGGUUGCUUUUGUCCUGGGUAUCAGGUUGUGUUUGAGACAACCCUAGUUAACUCCAGUUUUGUGCACAUUGCAACACUGUUCCACAUAGCAAUGGAUACCAACUGCUUCCUGUUGUUGCUGUGGAGAUGUCCCAAGGAAAAGCGCAGGUAGUAUAUUUUGCAAAGAACAUGGCAGAGUAGGAUGAUUUAACUGCAUGCCUCUGCAAUACUUGAUUUGUGCUUCCCUGACUUAGCUGUCCAUUUCAUUUUGAAUAACAUUGCUGACCUUGUGAGUUUUGCCGACCAGUGGAAGCGCAGACUUGUUUGUUCUUUAAAAUGCCCCCAUUUGCACUGAUUGCAGUAGCAGUUACUGCUAUAAGAUAGAGUGACAGACAAGUGGGUGAGAAUCUUGAGUUUCUCCAGGAUGCAAAUUUAGUUCACAUGCUUUUUUAGGUAGUGGGAAAGGUGUUGUGGAGCCCUUUCCAGCAGGAGCUCAAAAAACAUGCUGUAUUAAUGACGCUUGCUGAGAUGCUAAGUGUAUGGUGUACCUGACAGGCAAGGCCCAACUUUGGAGUCCUUAGUUUGAUUUUCCAAAUGCUUUCUAGCUGACCAGUAAUGUUGCGUGUGCAUGUGCACGCCCCCUCUCUACCUAAUGCACUGACUUUUUUCCUAGAACUGGUAUUUAAACUACAGUGAUGUAAAGAAAUGAUUAUUUUUUAAAAAGUAUGUAUUUUGGAGAAGUUCUAUCAAUAUAUUUCUGCUGUGAAUUGGUUCUUUUGAAUGCAAGGCUGUUGUUUGAUUUGCUUAAGACUUUUGAAGUAAAGGUAACCUACAUCAAAACUCUGACUCGUUGUGACUGCAUAUUUGGGUGGGCAGCUGUUCAUUUGUGGUAAAAUGCCCUUCACAGGCUUUCAAAUGAAAGCAUCAUUUUGCAGUUAAAGCCCAGGAUGCUUGCAUGUGUGUGAGAGAGAAAGAUCCUCUUUCUGGGUCUUCCGCUGAUUUUUACUGUGAUUUAAGCUGAGUGAGUUAAUUCCAUCAGACCUUAUCUAAAGAAACUGCUUCAUGUUUAGAUAUUCUUGCAGAAGCCAGCUGUAGUAACUAUAUAUAUGUCUUCACAAUUCAAGGGGAACACAAUAAAACA